UCCGGUGACAGAGCGCUUGCGCGCGAGAGGCUCCCGGGCCUUUUACUUCAUAUAUUUGACAUUUCCCGUGGUACUCCAGUCGCCCGUACAGAAGAGCAUGGCGACGGCUGCUGUGAAGAGGUUUUGGUCCCGAGCUUGGGGAGAGGCGGGUGACUCAGCGGCCACGAAGCCGGGCGUGUGGGCACGCUUGGGUAUCUGGGCCCGCGCGCUACUCCAGGACUAUGCCGAAGCCUGUCGGGACACUGCAGCGGCUGCGCGGGCCCGGCCCGGCCGUGCGGCCGUGUACGUAGGGCUGCUGGGCGGCGCGGCGGCCUGCUGCGCCUUGGCGCCGAGCGAGGCCUCCUUCGAGGAGGCGCUGCUCGACGCCUCCGGGACCCUUCUUCUGUUGGCGCCCACCACGCGCAACCGUGACUCCGAAACGUUCGUGCAGAGGUUGCUCUGGCUGCGGGGCCGGGGCCGCCUGCGCCAUGUGAACUUGGGUCUAGGCUCACUAGUGUACGAGGCACCCUUCGAUGCCCAGGCCAGCCUCUAUCAGGCCCGCUGCCGCUAUCUGCAGCCUCGCUGGGCUGACUUCCCGGACCGUAUCCUGGAUGUGGGCUUCGUGGGCCGCUGGUGGCUACUGGAGGCCCGGAUGCGCGACUGCGAUAUCAACGACGACGAGUUCUUACACCUGCCAGCACAUUUGCGCGUCGUCGGGCCCCACCAACUGCAUUCUGAGGCCAAUGAGCGGCUCUUCGAAGAGAAGUACAAGCCUGUGGUGCUCACUGAUGAUCAGGUGGACCAGGCUCUGUGGGAGGAGCAGGUCUUGCAGAAGGAGAAGAGGGACAGGCUCGUCCUGAGCCAGGCCGACUCUCUGGUGCAGUUGGAGGAGGUGCCAAGAUGAACCCAAGUGAGGCAGGGUCCCUACCGAGUUCCGGCGGACUCUUCACCCGGGGUUGUGCAAUUGGUGUGAGUGUGCCGCAGACGCGGUGGCUGAAAUCAUUUAUGUGUGGAGAGUGCUCGCUGGGUAUUGACAAAGUCGGGGGGCCUUGUCCCACUCACUUUGUUAGGAGAGAAAUUCGGUCUUUUCGGUCUAGUCUAGGAGUUGGUUGGGGUUGAGGGACAGCACCUGUUUAUCACUGCCAGAGCUAGUAAUGAGCCUUAUACAUUAAUAAGCAUUUUUCAUCUUGCUUCAGCUUCCUGACUGAGGUGUACACUUGUGACACUCAAACUCAGACUUUCCAGGUUUUCUUCUUUAAGGUUUGAGCUGAAAUGUUUUAACAUCUUUUUCAUUUUCAAGACUAUCGUUUAAUGUUUAAUUUUUAAACGUUUUCAUUUAGAGAUAAUUAUAGUCACAGAGUAAACUGGAAGAGGAAGACAGAAACAUCCUGUGUAUACUUGACCCAGCUUUCUCCAAAAAGUAACAUAUUAUAUAAGCAAUACCAAACCAGAAUACUGACACUAUUUGGAAUUUCAGGGAAACUUUGCAAACCAACCCAUUUUUAACUUGUGUAUUGAUAGCAUUGUUAGAGUGACUUGAAGUGGAAAGUAUUUUCUGAUCUAGAUAUCUAUGUGGAAACACAGAUUCUGGUUAUAUUAUAUUUAAGUAACCCAGGAAGCAAUACUAUAGGAAGGAAUACAUCACUGUACAUACACGGUACUUAAGUUAAAGGAAUGAGACUAGCUUUGUCACUUAGGUGGUCUAUGGCUAGUUAAUAAAACCAGGAGCUGAAACAAA